AUGGCCGGCCGAACGGUUGUCGGUCGAACGUCGUCGUCAGUCGUCGCCAGUCGUCACAGAGGUGCAGUACCCAACAUUACGCCAUCACGGGAUCCAGACAAAUGUCAAACAUUGGUGGGGUGCGCAUACAGCAGCUGCCGGCUAAACGGAAAACUUGAGUUGGUAAUGAGGAGUGGGAGACACACGGCUGUUGGCGUCGCCCGACGUUUGUUUAUACCUCGGAAGUCCGUCCUCCACCAUGGAGGAAACACAAAUAGACGCCGCUUGGACGCUUGGUAUGAUGCGUUUCCAAGGAUAGUGGAAAGCGUAUCUAAACGAACGUCUUAG